AUGCUGGGCGACGCCGUCGGCUCUAUCGUUAGAGUGCCGGCGGAGAUCGUCAACAAGCGCCUGCAGCUCGGCUUGUCCAGUAGCUGGAAGUCCGCCGUGAAGGACUCCUUUUUGUCGCCCACGGGCAUCGACUCGACGUUCGCGUCAUGGGAAGCCGUGCUGUGGAGGGAUGUCCCGUACGGCGGCCUGCAAAUUGCCGCCUACGAGGCCGCGAAAACUAUGCUCAUGGGCUUCGGGCUUGCUGGUCUCCCACUCGGAAUCAUUGCGGGGGCGGGUGCAGGGUUGCUAGCGGCCGUUCUCACCACGCCUGCGGACGUCUUGGUUACACGUAUGACCACACAGAGUCCGCAGUGCUACCUGGAGACGAAGAAAUAUAUGUCGCCGAUAGCGACGUGCAGGCGCAUUGUCAAGUACGAAGGGUUUGGUGCGCUGUGGACUGGCGCGUUCCAUAGAGGGCUGUUUUACAUGCCGAUGAUUGGGCUGUUCUUCGCGGGGUACGAGUGGUUUAAGUAUGCCAUUAUCAACCCAUCUGUCGUCGCAGCGGCAGGGGCAACUGUCCUGGGCUCGGUUGUUGCCGCGUCCAGACUGCUGCUGACUAUGGGCGCGCGCGCCCUUCCCGCCAUGCGGGGGAGAUUUCCGCUGCACUUACUCGUGCUCGUGCUGGCACACGUGUUCACCAACAGGAGAAGGAGCGGACGGAACGCCCAUAUGUGA